UCCUGACUCGUUCACUUCCAUGAUUGAUCCCACGAUCCAAAUUGAACUUAUACAGCUUUCUGAAAAUCCCUCUUCCCACUUUACCCUUUCUCCUUUUCCUUUUUCCUUUUCCCAAUUGUACACUCGAAAAGAGUUCCGAUCAAUUUUGCCUCUUCCCCGAACAGAAAAACCAACCCUUUUCGAUUGGAGUGUGUGUUUGUAUCUCACAGCAAAAAGUAUGAUCCCAGAAACGAAAAAUCGUUCAUAAAAGCAUAAGAAGCCCCUUUUCUCUUCUUUCAGAAAGAUAGAUCACUUUUAAUUUAGAGACAAGCAAACUAAAAUCAGCAAAUGGGACGACACAGUACCUCAUCAAACUCAACAAGCCCAGAAAGGAAUUACAGCAACAUGGACACACAAGUUUUCCUGAAUGUAUAUGAUCUUACCCCUAUCAAUUCGUACAGCAUCUGGUUUGGAUUUGGUAUUUUUCAUUCGGGUAUUCAAGUGUAUGGUAUGGAAUACGGAUACGGGGCUCAUGAUUUCCCAAUUAGUGGUGUGUUUGAAGUUGAACCCAAGAGUUGCCCUGGUUUUGUUUAUAGAUGUUCAAUCCCAUUAGGGCAUGUAACAAAAUCACCAUCCGAAUUUAGGGAAUUUAUUGAGAAUGUGGCUUCAGAGUAUCAUGGAGACACAUAUCACCUCAUUUCCAAAAAUUGCAACCAUUUUACAGAUGACAUUUCCCAAAGAUUAACUGGCAAAAGUAUCCCUGGCUGGGUCAAUCGACUCGCCAGAUUAGGUGCUGUUUGCAGUUGUCUACUUCCUGAAAGCCUUCAAGUAUCUGCUGUUAAACAGCUUCCCGAGUAUCAUAAUUGUGAAGAAGAUGGGAACACAUCUGUGUCAACAACCAAUGCUCAAGAACCUCCUCCUCCUACAGAAGAAGAAUAUGACAAUGAUGAGCAAGAUAAACACCUCCUCCCACCACCCUACAAUGAUGUAUCUUUUAUCAAAGAGGUCGCUAGAUGAAAACCAAAAACCCACACUUUCUUUCAUAGUAAUUUGUUGAAAUUUCAAGUGAUUU